CUCUCGCAACGGCAUAUAGCUAGACUAGAGAGAGAGUGUGAGUGAUCGAGAUGAGGCAGUCGAGCAGGUUCAAGAGGAUUUGCGUGUUCUGCGGCAGCAGCACCGGCAGGAAGGCGAGCUACCGAGACGCCGCCAUCGGGCUCGCCAAAGAGCUGGUGUCGAGGGACAUUGACCUGGUGUACGGGGGAGGUAGCAUAGGGCUCAUGGGUCUCGUCUCACAGACCGUCUACAACGGCGGCAGGCACGUCAUCGGGGUCAUCCCCAAGACUCUCAUGAGCAACGAGGUAACUGGAGAGACAGUGGGGGAGGUGAGGCCGGUGGCGGACAUGCACCAGCGGAAGGCAGAGAUGGCAAGGCAAUCUGACGCCUUCAUAGCCCUGCCCGGAGGAUAUGGAACUCUAGAAGAGCUGCUUGAAGUGAUCACAUGGGCACAAUUAGGCAUCCAUCGUAAGCCGGUUGGCCUCCUGAACGUUGAUGGGUACUACAACUCUCUGUUGACAUUCAUCGACCAGGCCGUGGAGGAAGGCUUCAUCAACCCUAGCGCUCGCCGCAUCAUCGUCUCGGCUCCCACAGCACAGGAGCUCAUGGACAAGCUCGAGGAGGAUGUCCCUUACUAUGACAGAGUUGCAUCGGGGCUGAAAUGGGAGUCGAGGAUCAUCUGCGAUGCAGACGAUGAUUCCGGAAGCAGCGUUUCAGCAUGA